AUUACUUUUACGAUUAAGUAAUUUGUACACGCACACCUGCCUCCGGCUGUUAAAAUGGAGCCGUCUUUAUUCGGUGGAGUCUCAUUUCUUCUUCUUCUUCUUCUUCCUUUUACCUAGUAAACCAGCCGGAUUAAAGCAACCAAAACAAGCAGAACAGUCAAAAACCAGCUAUUGUUAUUCAUUGCUGACCAUGCUCUUUUUGUUUUAACAUAUAAAUGAAGAAUUCAAGAAUCCACCUUCCUUUAGAUGCAGCUUCUUCUGCAACCCAAUACACAAAAAAGAAUCCUCACUCUUCUUGUUUUAUUCUUUAAAGCAUUUGGCUAUUCAUGACGGCUUCUCUUCAAAUUUUCCCUCCGAGAAAACGCCGGCCACCGGUGGAGGCGUUUAUUGCUCCUAACUUUUCCGACCUUAAACUUGUACACUCUCUCCUUAUUCUAUCCCAAGACAUAUGUUCUCUCGACCCUAUACCAUUCCUUCUAAAACGCAAUUAUCUUUCCAUUAUACGCAAAGCCAAGCUCCUUUCUAUCCUAUUCGAUGAGAUUUUUCGAAACCCAAUUCGUUUUGUGUCUCCAAUUCACCUCUGCUUUGAAGAAAUGUACAUAGUUUUACUGAGGGUGAAGGCUCUGAUUGAAGACUGCUCAAAUGGAAGCAGGAUGUGGCUUUUAAUCCAAACCGAAUCUGUGGCUACCAGUUUUUACGAGCUAAUCCUUGAAUUAUCAACACUUCUGGAUAUUUUCCCAGUUGAGAAGGUUGAUUUGAGCCUAGAUAUUCAAGAAAUCGUCGUUUUGAUCAGAAAACAAUGCUACCAAUCAAAAGCAUUCUUGGAUCCGAGUGAUUAUAAUUUAAGGCAUCAGGUGUUAACCAUGCUCGAUCGAAUCAAGAAACAGAUCGUGCCUGAUCAUUCGAAGCUCGCUGAGAUAUUUUAUAAAUUAGGCUUGCGUAAUCUUUCCGCCUGCAAAGAGGAGAUCGAGAGGCUCGAAGACGAAGUACAAAAUCAGAUCGACGAGAAAUCCAAAUCUGAGGUGGUUGCUCUGAUGGGACUCGUACGCUACGCGAAAUGUGUUCUCUAUGGAGCAUCAACGCCCACAUCCGAUCACCAGCGUAGACGGAAGGUGUCAGAGGCCAAUAUUCCGUCAGACUUCCGAUGUCCGAUUAGCUUGGAUUUGAUGCGGGACCCAGUCGUAGUGGCCACCGGCCAUACAUACGAUCGAGAGUCCAUCAAUCCUUGGAUUGAAUUGGGACACAAGACAUGUCCAAAGACAGGUCAGACGCUGCCACACACCAACCUCAUCCCUAACCUCGCUUUGAAGAAUCUAAUCGGCAUGUGGUGUUGGAAGCACAAAAUUCCCUUCGAGACUACAGAGAAUAACCAAAAAGAUAACGCCGUUAUACAGAACAAGGCAGCGAUAGAGGCUACAAAGAUGACGGUGUCCUUUCUGGUCAGCAAACUUUCCCAUUCAGAGUCAUUGGAAACAGCUAACGGCGUCGUUUAUGAACUUCGUGCGUUGGCUAAAGCAAACCCAGACAGCCGAGCCUGCAUGGCCGAAGCUGGAGCUAUACCUUUGCUUGUACGAUACCUAGGCUCAGACGUAGGUUCGAAAAUACCGAACCUACAAGUCAACGCGGUAACAACCAUUCUCAACCUCUCAAUCCUCGAAGAAAACAAAAUAAGGAUAAUGGAAACUGACGGAGCUUCAAACGGCGUUAUCGAGGUGCUGAGGUCAGGUGCCACGUGGGAGGCCAAGGGAAAUGCGGCAGCUACAAUAUUCAGCUUAUCUGGCGUGCACUCAUAUCGGAAGCGAUUAGGGAGAAAAUCCCGUGUAAUAACGGGGUUGAUUGAUUUGGCUAGAAGUGGGAACACGUGUUCGAAAAAGGAUGCAUUAAUUGCGAUAUUGAAUUUGGCAGGAGAUCGAGAAACGGUGGGGAGGCUAGUGGAGGCAGGGGUGGUGGAUAUGGUGAAGGAAGUAGUGAAUGAGCUGCCGGAGGAGGCGGUGAGUAUACUUGAAGUGGUGGUGAAGAGAGGUGGAAUGGUGGCGAUCGCCGCUGCUUAUAGUGUAAUUAGGAAACUAGGGAGGUUGUUAAGGGAAGGAUCGGAUGCGAGUAGAGAGAGUGCAGUGGCAGCUCUUGUUACGAUUUGCAGAAAAGGAGGGGCGGAAAUGGUGGCGGAGCUAGCUUCGAUAACUGGGAUUGAGAGAACGAUAUGGGAAUUGAUGGGAUCAGGUACGACGAGAUCAAGAAGAAAAGCAGCUAGUCUGUUGAGGAUUCUCCGGAGAUGGGCGGCUGGUUUGGAUUGUGGAUAUGUGGAUAUGAGUAGUUCAUCAACAGCUGCAUUGGCAAGCUAACAUUUGUGUGCAGAUGAGAUGUUUUUCAAAUUUUUUUAUGAGAUAAAAAUGUGUAAUUUCUUCGUAAAUAAAAAAUAACAAUAAUAAAUUGUACAUCCUUGGAUUUUUCAGUUUGGAUAAUUUCAUUCUUUGUAAUUGCUUGUUAAAA